AUCAUCAAUAACUCCGUAUACUCGUAGGUGCAGAAGCGCGGAAGUCUCUGAGAAGGUGAGGCAGGUCAUUUGUUAAAACGGCGAGAGGGUAUUAACGCGAUAAGUGGAUAAUGAUUGGAUAUGAAUUCGUGUCUUUCAAGUGUCGCAAGCGCACUGCCCCACGUUCACCCUUCCGCGCCGAUAAGGCAGCGUGGUGGCAAACUUAAGAUCCGUUUUUAGUUUGCUCCAGUCUCUCGGGCACUCGGCACCACGGCGAUACGCGGUGGCGGAAAUCACGUCGUCGUCGAAAAUAAAUUUGUGCUCGACGAAGACGGCGGGCGAUCGGCCGCACGAUGAAAGCGGAAAUAAUUGGUCGUGUAACAGAUUUUUAAUUCAAGAAAAAUGCAUCACGACAUCGGGAAAAAUUGGCGCGAAAUCGGUCUCGUACCGUUGGACUCUGUUCAAGAGGCCAUGGGCUCCAUGGGGCCAUGGCACAUCGUCAUCGCCGUGGCGAUUUCCCUCGUCAAAUUUCCAGUAGCUUGGCAUCAGCUUUCCAUCGUGUUUCUCGCGCCGCCUACUAAUUUCUCAUGUAUCGCCCCUUUAUCAUCAACUAACGAAUCCAUGAUAAUGAAAUGCGAAGUUGACGUUGGGAAUGGUACCAUAGAAAAGUGCACUGACUUCCGAUACGAUAAGCGGAUAUUCCGAGAGAGUAUCAUCACGCAGUGGAACUUAGUAUGUGAUAGAGAGCAAUUAGCGAAUUUUGCACAAUCUUGCACAAUGUUCGGUGUGCUCGUUGGUAAUUUAAUUUUCAGCAUGAUGGCUGACAGAAUUGGCCGGAAGAAACCAUUAAUGAUUGCAAUCGCGUUGCAGUCGGUGACAGGAUUCGCGUGUGCAUUCGCACCGUGGUACGAAUUGUUUCUUGUACUCAAAUUCAUUUGCGCCGUAUCUACUGGCGGAACCAUGCUCGUCAGCUUCGUUUUACUUAUGGAGAUUGUUGGAGUCGAAUGGCGAUCGACCAUGUCGGUUCUUUUUCACGUGCCAUUUUUAAUUGGACAUGUAAUGAAUCCCCUGAUAUCCUAUUUGACACUUACGUGGUCUGGAUUCCAAAUGGCUAUCUCAAUACCGUCAAUUUUCUUAUUAGCGUACUAUUGGGUUAUUCCGGAAUCACCGAGGUGGCUGUUAGCUAUGGGCAAACACAGGCAAGCGGAACGUAUUUUGCUGAAAGCUGCCGGCCGAAACAAGAUACCGGUGGAAAACGUAAAGCUGGCGCUUGAAACUUAUGAGAAUCAGUCGACGGUCCGACACGCAAAGAGCAAUGAAAAAUACAAUAUCACGCAUUUGUUUAGAACUUCUAAUUUGAGACUGAAAACUAUUUAUGUGAGCGUCAACUGGUUCGUCUGUGGUAUGUGUUUCUUCGGAUUGGCGCAAUACAUGGGCCAUCUUGACGGCGAUAUAUUCGUUAACGUCGCAGUUUCUGCCGCCAUGGAGAUACCUGGAACUAUAAUAGUACUGUUUUUAAUAUCGCGAGUUUCGCGUUUAAAAAUUAUGAUCAGUGGAAACAUCUUGUCCGGCGUGAGUUUACUUCUGAUAACUCUUAUAACCAACGCAAACGUCCGGAUAUUUUUAGCCUCGCUAGGCCUCGUGGGUAUGGCUAUUAGCUUUCCCACAGUAUACCUGUACAGUGGUGAAGUAUUUCCGACUGUCGUGAGAAACGUUGGCGUUGGAUUAGGAAGCAUUUCUGCCAGAAUCGGAAGUAUAAUUGCACCGUACAUUGCCACAAUGGGCACUAUCCAAAUCUGGCUGCCUCCAGUAAUAUUUGGAUUGGGGCCGAUAAUAGGCGCCAUACUCUGUUUAUUUUUACCGGAAACAAUGAACUGCGAGUUGCCAGAGACAAUAGAAGAUGCCGAAAAUUUUGGAAAGAAAAAAACCGAGGAAAAACAUUGAAUUGAUGAUUGAUAUGCGACAUAUGUUAAUGCAACAAAUCUUAUAUCUUUCAGGAAAAAAACCGAGGAAAAACAUUGAAUUGAUGAUUGAUAUGCGACAUAUGCACUGGAUGGCACAUAAUCAUUUUCCAUAGUUAAUAUCUUAUAGAAAUAUAAUUUAGCAUGACAUGUUAAGUUCAGCUAUUCAAUAUAUUUUGUUUGUUAGUAUUUUUUAUCAAGUUAUCAAAUCUGUAACAAAGAAUGGAUUAAAAUUCUUAAGUGAACUACA